CUCCUUCUCAGUUACUAAGGUUUUAUCGUCAGGCCAGUGGCAACUGUACGACUGCUGCAGAAAGUUCUGUUCGAGUCCACAAUUAACAUUCACCAAUAUCGAAUUUUCACGCCAGUUAUAUUUUAAGCAAUGCAGAACUCAAGACAUUUCAUAACGAAGUUAGCAACUUCGCACGUGAAAAGCUUUCAAGUAAGGAAGUUCGCUUUAGAGAGUGGAAAGCGCUCUACCAGCAGAGCUGCGGCAUUGAGUGUUGGUGACUACGAUACUGUUCAUAGAAACUCGUUAAAACAUAAGGAACAAUUUUGGGAUGAAAUUGCCCAAAAUAUCGUAUGGCAUAAACCAUACACUCAAGUGUUGGAUGCAGAUAGUUUACCGACAUCACCCAUGUGGUUCAGAGGUGGUGAGUUGAAUACAUGUUAUAAUGCACUGGACAGACAUGUCGAAGCAGGUAAAGGUUCCAAAGUAGCCAUAAUCCAUGACUCUCCUGUUACCGGGAGCAAGAGAAACAUCACUUAUGCUGAGUUACUAGAUGAGGUCAAACGAAUGGCUGGAGUGUUAGUGAAACACGGCGUCACAAAAGGAGACAAAGUCUUGAUUUACAUGCCCCUUGUUAUAGAAACUAUGGUGGCCAUGUUAGCAUGCACCCGCAUUGGAGCCAUUCACUGCGUCGUGUUUGGUGGUUUUGCCGCGCAAGAACUUAGCAGAAGAAUAACGCAUUUGGGGCCAAAAUUGAUCAUCAGCGCAUCUUGCGGCAUUGAGCCUUCGAGGGUUGUCGAAUAUAAGCCACUGCUUGACACUGCAAUUCAAAUUUCAUCCCAUAAACCGGAUCACUGCAUUAUCUUUCAACGCCCUCAUCUGCCCGAAGCAAAGAUGCAAAAGACAAGAGAUCUCGAUUGGAACGAAGAAAUGGCACAAUCUCAGGGGCACGAUCCGGUUCCGGUGGAAUCGAACCAUCCAUGUUACAUCUUGCACACGUCUGGUACAACGGGUAAGCCGAAAGGCAUUGUGCGCCCAACUGGAGGACAUGCAGUCGUUUUGCCAUGGACUAUGAAGGCUGUUUUUGGAAUCGAAGAGGACGAUGUUUGGUGGUCAGCCUCAGAUUUGGGAUGGGUGGUAGGCCACUCAUACGUCUGCUAUGCACCACUACUCAAUUGCAACACAACCGUUUUGUACGAAGGAAAACCAGUUGGGACACCCGAUAGCAACCAAUUCUUCAGAGUGAUCAAAGAGCAUAACGUAAAGAAAAUGUUUACUAGCCCGUCAGCUCUCCGGGCAAUUAAAAAAGUGGAUGAAGAAGCGUCAAUUGCUGACGGAACACAACUUGAGCACUGCUUCGUUGCCGGAGAAUGUCUUGACCAUGUAACCCGAGCCUGGGCAGAAGAAGCUUUCAAAGUUCCUAUUUUGAACAACUGGUGGCAAACUGAGUCAGGCUUUCCUAUAACAGCUCAUUGCAUGGGGCUGGGUAUGAAUCCAAAUCCGCCAAGAGGAACUACAGGAAAGCCGGUACCAGGAUACGACAUCGAUUUGCUGAACUCUGAGAAUGAACAUGUAGGGUUGGGAGAGUUAGGUCGCAUCGUCUGCCGGUUACCACUGCCCCCUGGUUGCUUCAGUACACUUUAUGAAGCUCACACCCGAUAUAUUGACACCUAUUUCAAACAGUUCCAGGGAUAUUAUGAUACAAUGGAUGCCGGUAUGAAGGACAAAGACGGUUACAUAUCCGUAUUGUCUAGAGAAGAUGAUGUGAUCAAUGUUUCAGGCCAUCGUAUGAGCGCCCUGGCGUUGGAAGAAGCCCUCAUGGAGCAUCCUGAUGUGACAGACGCAAUUGUCUGUGGUGUACCAGAUGAUCUGAAAGGCGUCGUUCCCCUCGGUCUAGUGGUAGUGUCCAGGGACAGAGACGAAAAAGAACUUGUUCAGGAGCUCGUGAAACACGUAAGGGAUCACGUGGGACCUGUCGCAGCCUUCAAACACUGCGCCAUCGUCACAGCGCUGCCACACACCCGCAAUGGCAAGAUUCCCAGAGGCUCCAUUGCUACUCUCGCCCGAGGAGACAAAAUGACCAUCCCCAGCACCGUUGAAGACGCCAGUGUCUACUCCAACAUCCACGCAGCACUGCAGAGAUGUGGCUUUGCACUCAACGUGCCGGACCCUUACAGUAAUCAAAUGUAACUUAAUCACUUCAUGAUUUCCGUAUAAACCUAUAGUAACUCACACUUUUGUAAACCUGUAGUGGUUUGUACUUUUUGCAAAUUGUUAUCAUGUUUUUUGUUAUAAAUCCCAAUGAUAUUAUCAUGACAUAGAUGAGAGCUACAUAACGUGCUUUUUAUCAUAAUUUUUAACAAAUUGAGCUGUGAAAGUUUUAUGAAUCUAAAUCAUAUAAGUUAAUAGAUUCUUCAGAAUCAGGAGGUAGGGUUGACAUCAAUUUUGACAGUACUCUAUAUUAAUUAAUAAUUAUCUAUAUUAAUUUUGUUAGUGCUCCUGCUACUUGUACGAUUUAAACCUGUACAUAAUCAUGGAACUUGUUACUGUUCUAUCAAAUGGCAUUUCUAAAUAAAAAAUAAUCCGAAAACCUGCGAAAAGUAUCAUUCAACUGCUCUCUUCUAUAAAUUAAUUUUAAGAAACGGGAAUUUUAAUUUAUUUAAGCCAUUUCCGUGACUUUACAAAGAUCAUCAUCCAAUCAAAUUGUAAGAUUUCAGACUUUCUUAAAAUGAACGAUUGAGUGUAAUGAGUAAUGACCUCAUUGCAUUGUUUAUUUCUCUAAUUUUGCUAGUAACGUAGAUGGUAUUAUAGCUUUUAUACGGUUUUAGUUUGAUACUCUAUUUCAAAGUAGCUUAAAUUUAAGAUGUGUUCGAGUUUAGAUGUUAUAUUUCACGAGUAAACGUUAUGUCAAAGAAAAUAAAUUGUAUUUAUCCUUUCCC